UCCAACUCCAAGGCGAGAAGAAGCCAAACGCGACGACGCCACCAAACCUCCUCCUCACCGUCGAAUCGAAUCCAAGGCGGCGGCGGCGAUGGGGAUCGGCGAGCACUUUGAGGGCGUGAAGGCGCACUGGGCGCACAACUUCGCCUUCCUCGACUACUUCAAGAAGGUCUACGGCCGGGACAAGCCGCUCCCCAAGUGGUCCGACGCCGACGUCGACGAGUUCAUCGCCUCCGACCCCGUCUACGGCCCGCAGCUCAAGGCGAUGCGGGAGUCCAGGAAGUUCGCGCUCGGCGGGGCACUCGUCGGCGGGGCGCACCUCGGCAGCGUCGCGCUCAAGUACUCCAAGGCCCCCCACGGUAUCCUCCUGGCCACCGGCUUCGGAGCGAUCUGCGGCGCCGUCGCCGGAUCGGAGGUGGCGGAGCAUUGGUACCAGCUCUACAAGGCGGACAAGCAGGCGGCCAACCUAAGAUUUAUGUACUGGUGGGAGGACAAGGUCUCAGGAAACCAGAAAAGUUGAGUGAUGUCUAUUUGGUGCAGCAGCAGCUUGGCAAGAAAAUGGUGUCCCGCCCUGGGAUUCGUGAUUGCUCAUUCCUAGUAUUUCCAAAUAAGGUGUGUAUUGGUUGUGAUGAUGAUUACACAGAUGGAGUGUGUUUCCUUUUGCUAGUACUGUGAGCUCCAUCUGUUCACAGCCUCAACAACUUUUGUGCUCUGAAUGGUUCAUAAACUAAAUGCUGAUCUUUAUCGAUAUCUGUUAAUCUGUCCAUGAAAGAUUACUUUGCACAUUGUAAGUAUUACUUUCUCUUGAAGAUAAUAAGGCUGCAUA